CAUGUGUCAGUCGGCAGCGCCCCCCUGCGGCGCCUCCAGUUAUGAAAUCUCCCCUGUGCGAUUGUGAUGUCUUCUGCAAACCCGGAGGGUGGGAGAUAUUUUCUAUGUAAUUACCUCGAAAAGCAAGUGGAUGGUGCUUCAUGCCGAAGACUGAUGAGUAACACGGGAAUAUGUCCAGUUUGAAAAUUGAGUAGAAGCAUGAAUGUCGGCUAGCACUAGAUAGUUGUGCUUGUGGUCAUGUUGGAGACCCGAUCUGUUCGUGGAAUGCCAGAGCCGUCUUGGCAAGCUAAGAGUAAUUUCGCCGCUAAAUCGACACCCCAUUCGAUGGCUGCACCAAUUAUCAGACAUGGCAAAACUGGUCAGGAUGACAUUUGCCAUGUCGUGGCCAAGUACGACUACGCGGCGCAGGGGCCACAGGAACUCGACCUUAGGAAGAACGAGAGGUAUUUGCUGCUCGAUGACUCCAAGCACUGGUGGAAGGUGCAGAACUCGAGGAACCAGGCUGGGUACGUCCCGAGUAACUACGUCAAGAAGGAGAAGCCCUCGCUGUUCGACAGUAUCAAGAAAAAGGUAACGGUAAAAAAAGGCGGCGGCUCCAAGACCCUCCCCUCGAACAACUCCCCCUCGCGGACCGUCGAGUCCCCCAGCAUGGCGCGGCGUGCCGCCGCCGACCCCUCCGAGGCCAUCGGCACCGCCGUCGUCAAGUACAACUACCAAGCCCAGCAGCCCGAUGAACUCUCGCUCGUCAAGGGCUCCCGCAUCCUUAUCCUCGAGAAGAGCAACGACGGCUGGUGGCGCGGCCAGAGCGGCAACGUCGCCGGCUGGUUUCCCUCGAACUACACGCAGGAAGAAGGCGACGCCGACGACACGCUGCACACGUACGCGAUGGCCGAGAACGUGCUCGACAUCGUCGUCGCGCUGUACUCGUUCUCGUCGACGAACGACCAGGAGCUGUCUUUCGAGAAGGGCGACCGGCUCGAGAUCCUCGACAGGCCGCCGAGCGACCCCGAGUGGUACAAGGCGAGGAACGCGCAAGGCCAGGUCGGAUUGGUGCCGAGGAACUACCUGCAGGAGCUCUCCGAGUACCUGACGCAGCCGUUCGUCGACAGGGGCAAGCAGGAGAUGGAGAGGUCGCAGGUGACGAUGGGCGAUAAACCACAUCUGAUCGACAAGCCGUGGUACUACGGGAGCAUCACGCGGUACAUGUGCGACAACCUGCUGAACCAGAGGGGGCACGACGGGGACUUUCUCAUUAGGGACAGCGAGACUAACGUAAGUUGA